AUGAACCAAUCACAGCUCAGUUUAGACCAGUUUGUGUCAUCUCCGGAAAUCCCUCAGAGUUUAUGUGAGGAGUCUGGGCUGAAGGUGAACCAUCCGGCCUCGUUCGCUGUGCGUCUGAACGGAGCCCAGGGGAAGAUGGAGGCUCAGGUCCACAGUCCGUCCGGAGCCCUGGACGAGUGCGUGGUGACGGAGAUCGAGAAAGAUAAAUAUGUGAUUCGGUUCAUUCCCCGAGAGAACGGCGUCCACAACAUCGACGUCAAGUUUAACGGCGCUCACAUCCCAGGAAGUCCUUUUCAGGUCAGGGUGGGAGAACCGGGACAGAGCGGAGAGGCGGGUCUGGUAACGGCCUACGGAGGCGGACUGGAGAGGGGGACCACAGGGGCCCAGUCAGAGUUCACCAUAAACAACAGCCGUGCGGGACCAGGGGCCUUGAGCGUGACCAUCGAGGGCCCGUCCAAAGUGAAGAUGGACUGUGUGGAGCUGCCAGAGGGCUACAGGGUGCACUACACGCCCAUGGCCCCCGGGAACUACUGCAUCAGCAUCAAGUACGGAGGCCCCAGCCACAUCCAGGGCAGCCCCUACAGCGCUAAAGUCACAGGUCCUCGUCUGGUGAACGUGACCAACGCCAGUGAGACUUCCACGCUGACGGUGGAUCCGGCCGUCCGCUCGUCCAGCCUCAGUCCUGUCCACAGCGCCCCCUCCUGGACCACCGAGGCCGACGCCAGUAAAGUGCUGAGCCGAGGCCCGGGGCUGAGUAAGGCCUUCGUGGGACAGAAGAGCAGCUUCAGCGUGGACUGCAGCAAAGCAGGAAAGAGCAUGCUGCUGGUGGGAGUGCACGGCCCCCAUGUCCCGUGUGAGGAGGUGGUGGUCAAACACAUGGGCCGGCUGCAGUACAACAUCAGCUACGUCCUGAAGGAGAGGGGGGACUACGCCCUGGUGGUCAAAUGGGGCGACCAGCACGUUCCUGGCUCGCCCUUCCACGUGGUCGUACCCUGA